AUGGGCCCCUGUACCGCCUCCUCAUGCUGCUGCCAGGCCCGUAAUCUGCCAUGGGCCCCCGUAACCAACUCCUCAUGCUGCUGCCAGGCCCGUAAAUCUUGUCAUGGGCCCCUGUACCGGCCUCUCAUGCUGCUGCCAGGUCCAGAGUCUGUUCAUGGGUCCCUGUACAGCCUCCAUUGCUGCUGUCUCCAUCGCCACACUCUGCCAUGUGCCACUUUCAGGUCUCUCCUCACACUGCUGGUGGGUUCCAUUUUUGUCAUAGGGUGCUUUAUGGCCUCCCAUUGCUGCUGCCUCCACCGCCCACACUGUGGCUCUCCACACUCUGGUUUUGGCCCCGUGACUGCCCAAAUGAGUGAAGUGUGCGGUGAUUCUAAGAUCGACGGCAACUCAUCUGCAUGUCAUACUGACUGACAGUAUUAUUUCUCUUCCCCAGCAGACUCCAAGGGCAUUUAAAUUAAAGGUACAGUGUUCUGCACUAAUAUAA